CUCUGAUCCUUGUGAGGCCUCAGCCGGCUAGACUUCCCUACUUUCCACCCACCUGUAGCCGCGUCGUUGAGACUCCGCCACCAUGUUCGAGGCGCGCUUGGUCCAGGGCUCCAUCCUGAAGAAAGUGUUAGAGGCACUGAAGGACCUCAUCAAUGAGGCCUGCUGGGACAUCAGCUCAGGCGGCGUGAACCUGCAGAGUAUGGACUCGUCCCACGUCUCCCUUGUGCAGCUUACUCUGCGCUCCGAAGGCUUCGACACCUACCGCUGCGACCGCAACCUAGCCAUGGGCGUGAACCUCACCAGCAUGUCCAAAAUACUGAAAUGUGCUGGCAAUGAAGACAUCAUUACACUAAGGGCUGAAGAUAAUGCAGACACGUUGGCACUAGUAUUUGAAGCACCAAACCAAGAAAAAGUUUCAGACUAUGAAAUGAAGUUAAUGGAUUUAGAUGUUGAACAACUUGGAAUUCCAGAACAAGAGUACAGCUGUGUAGUAAAGAUGCCUUCUGGUGAAUUUGCACGUAUAUGCCGAGAUCUCAGUCAUAUUGGAGAUGCUGUUGUCAUUUGCUGUGCAAAAGAUGGAGUGAAAUUUUCUGCAAGUGGAGAACUUGGAAAUGGAAACAUUAAAUUAUCACAAACAAGUAAUGUUGAUAAAGAGGAGGAGGCAGUUACUAUAGAGAUGAAUGAGCCAGUUCAGCUAACUUUUGCACUUAGAUACCUGAACUUCUUUACAAAAGCCACACCAUUGUCUGCUACAGUUACACUCAGUAUGUCUGCUGAUGUACCCCUUGUUGUAGAAUAUAAAAUUGCUGAUAUGGGACACUUAAAGUACUAUUUGGCUCCCAAG